AUGGCCACAACUGCGACGAAUGGCGAUGCCGCCGCUGCUCUCGACAGUCUGAAACCUCCUACCGGGGUUGUCCUUCCCCCGCGCGAAAUUCGCAACGUUCUCGAAAAGACGGCCGGAUAUGUCGCCCGAAACGGCCUGGUUUUCGAAGACAGGAUUCGCGACAAAGAGCGCUCCAACCCCAAGUUCAGCUUUCUCAACAACGCCGAUGCCUACCACGCUUAUUACCAAUGGCGACUCGACGAAAUCAAGGCCGGUCGCGGCACCGCCAUAGCCGCUGGACGCGCGAACGAAGCCGCUGCCCCCGCCGAGCAGAAGCCACAGGGCCCUCCCAAACCCCCCGAUUUCCAAUUUUCCGCCCGCAUGCCUAGAAUCAACCAAAAAGAUCUGGAAGUCAUUCGUUUGACAGCUCUCUUCGUAGCGAAGAACGGCCGCCAGUUCAUGACCCAACUCGCCCAGCGCGAGGCUGGAAACCCGCAAUUCCAAUUCCUCAUUCCCAACCAUACGUUCCACAACUUCUUCCAACAUCAAGUUGACCAGUACACUGCUUUGUUGAGGGCCAGUGGUUUGAGUGGCGAAGGCGGAAGGCUGGAACAAGAGCGCAUCGCCCAUCUCCGGCAAAACGUCGACGACAAAUAUCAUGUCCUGAGUCGCGCGAAGCAACGUGCCGAGUAUUCGAAAUUUCAGGAAACUGAGAAGCAAAAGAAGGAGGAAGAGGACGAGAAGAAGCGAGCUGAAUUCGCCCGAAUCGAUUGGAAUGACUUUGUUGUCGUGGAGACCAUCGUCUUCACCGAUGCCGACGACCAUGCAAACCUGCCGCCCCCAACGAACCUUUCUGAUUUGCAGUACGCGUCGCUUGAAGAGAGAAACAAAGCGUCUAUCAGUUCCAACCUCCGUAUCGAGGAAGCUUUCCCAGGCGAAGAAGAUGCGACAUACAAUGCCUACCCCCAGGCCUCUCACACGCUGCCAGUUCACACAGGCUACGCGCCUCAACAGCAGUACCAGACACAGCCCCCGCCGAUGCCUCAACAAUACCAAAAUGGACCACCACGGCGAUCGGCAGAGGAGGAAGAAGAGGAAAGGAGGAUACAAGAGAGAUCUGAGGCGCGUGCCAGAGAACAGCAGGCUCGUGCGGAGGCUCGCGGUGGCAACGCGCCGAUGAAGAUCAAGGAGAACUACGUCCCCAGAGCACUGCAACGCAAUGCAAACAAGCAAAGCGUGCAGACGGCAUUAUGCCCAAACUGCAAACAGCAGAUUCCCAUGAAUGAGCUCGACGAGCAUAUGCGAAUCGAGCUUCUUGACCCCCAGUGGAAAGACCAAAGAGCUAAAGCUGAAGCGCGAUAUGCUACAACGAAUUUGUCCACGGCGGAUGUAGCCAACAACUUGAAACGUCUGGCAAGUCAGAGAAGUGACGUUUUCGAUGGGGUCACUGGCCAGCCCAUGUCGGAAGAGGAACUCGCUCGGAGGAAGAAGGCUGCAAUUCACAGUUUCGACGGAAAUCCCGACGGCAAGAGCCAGGCGCAUAUUAACCAUCUGCACAGCCUAAACGUUGAGGAGCAGAUUCGUGCCAUUCACCAACGGUUCGCAGACAAGAAGUAA